CCAAUACCCGGCACUAUAAUUUUCGAAGACUAACAUGAUUUUCGAGCCCUCUUUGACUGGGAUGUUGACCAGCAGUGAGUAGCUCGCUUGUACCUUUUGAGGGAACGAAACUCUUGUGAAAUCUAUGAGAUGCAGAACGUGCAGCGAUGUCUUCAUUGGUGAAAUCUCCGAGUGGUUUGCAGGGGUCUAUGCACGCAACCCCAUUGGAAGCUCUACUUCGUAGGUUUGCGUUACUUGGUGGGCACAUUUGUAUUGCUUUGCUUAGUUUUUUUUCGCCUGUGAGUGUGGACGUUUUCGAGUGGGUUCUGCGGAGCAUUUGAUAAUACACUGUGGAUUAGUACUAAUUGAUCUAUAUUUUGAGUGCUGUUUUUGUCAUACGAGGAGAUUUAGUUGGCCAUGGCGGAGGAAUCGGUAGAUGUCGUAAUUUUAGGGGCCUCCGGGUUCACGGGGAAGUACGUGCUGCGUGAGAUUCUUAAAUUCGUCAGUCCAUCGAACGCUCCGCUUCGGAAGAUCGCCAUUGCUGGCCGCUCCAAGAAAAAGCUUGCCGCGGCUCUGACAUGGGCAUCCGGGGGCCUGAAUGCCUCAGUGAGCUCUUCCAUUCCCAUAUACGAAGCAGAUGUAAGCAACGUGGAAUCGCUCGUCGCUGUUUGCAAGAAGACCAAGCUGCUUUUGAACUGCGUUGGUCCAUACAGGAAAUAUGGUCGGCCUGUGGUUGAAGCCUGCGUGGAGGCCGGGGUGGAUUACCUCGACAUCACUGGGGAACCAGAUUUCAUGGAGCGGAUGGAGCAUCUGUAUCACGAGAAAGCUAUGCAGACAGGGUCAUUGGUAGUGAGCGCAUGCGGCUACGACUCAAUCCCUGCAGAAUUCGGCGUUAUCCACAAUACUCAGCAGUGGGAGCCUCCUUCCGUUCCCAUCACCGUGGACUCGUACCUUGUUCUGGAAUCUACUGGCAAACGCAUUAAAGGUAACAUAGGAACAUGGGAGACUUUAGUCCUUGGCGUUGCUAAUCAGGCCGACCUUCAAACGCUACGAAAAUCAAGACCCCGGCGGCAGCGUCCUCAGAUCCCAAGGAGUUCUUCAAAGAAACCAGGGUUGAUCCACUGGGAGGGAAACGCAGGCGGGUGGGCUGUUAGGCUCCCUUCAGCCGACGCCACAGUAGUACGCCGCACUCACGCCACAAUGGUCGAAAACCCUAACGGGCUUUUCAAUGCAUCAGGGGAAUUCCUAUCCUCAAAUGGUCAACCAUGGACGUCCAUCAAGCCAGUACACUACGGGUGCUAUGUGAUCCAGAAGUCAGUUAUUGGCAUAAUAGGGAUGUUCGUCAUAGGCCUCCUCCUGGUGUUCUUCACACGAUUCAAGUUUGGUGAAAAGCUCUUAAUCCAACACCCGGAGCUCUUUUCCCUUGGCAUAUUCCAAAAGGAGGGCCCCAGCGAAGAGGAAAUCGAUUCAGCCUCCUUCAAGAUGUAUUUCGUUGGUCGAGGUUGCAGUAAUUCUACACAACACACUCUUAGCGUUAAGUUUGACCAAGAAAUUGUGACAAGAGUUUCGGGGCCCGAGAUCGGGUAUAUCACCACUCCCAUCACCUUGAUUCAAGCUGCUUUGAUCGUAUUGGACGAACGGCACAAUCUGCCCAAGGGAGGGGUGCUUACUCCUGGUUCAGUGUUUGGUGGAACUGACUAUCUGCAGCGGCUGCAAAAAAAUGGAAUAAGCUUUGAUGUUAUCAGCUCCAAAAAGUUGUAGAGAAAACAACCCAAAUCAGUAUGUCGUCUCCCCACAGGGUCGGUUGAUUUGCUUGAACUGAUUGGCGGGUAAGAAAAAACUGUAGAUACAAGUUCUUGGAAUUAUGUUUCUUUACAUCAUACAUGUUUUCGGACGACUUGUAUGUGUAAUUUUUGAUAAAUGUAUUCGUAAUAUUUUUGCUAUUACGAAGUAGAACUAUAUAGAAAUUUUUUAUCUAUUAGAAUAAAUUUCUGAGGGCAAUAUAUUUCGUAAAUGAUAUCAAUGCUUUUAGAUAUGUUAAA